UAAGCAAAGAUAAAGUCCGGCACGCCCGAGAAACGCGGAUUUCCGACCCAAUCACGAGGUGCUUAGUCAUCAAUGUCGGGCUGCCCCAGCUGGCAUAGCAUAACAAGCAUAGCUAUCAAGCUCGUCGAGUCGAUUUCGGAGUACUGGUGGGAGUUACGGACGAACGCUCUCGCCAUGGGUACGCCUAGUACCACAGAAGCACCGGAAAACCCUUCUGACAUGCACUUAGCACAGAAAGAGCCGACUGCAGAAGAGGACUUGAGAGCCAACAUCCAACCAGGAGACAACAGUGACGAUGACGCCAAUGUCGCAGCGCAGCGCGCCGCAGAUGAGGACGAUGGAGGUUCACAUGACGAAGGCGACGAUAACAGCCAAGAUGAUGAAGAGGAAGACGACGAGGAGGAAGACGACGAAGAACCCCGCCUGAAAUAUGCAUACCUGACGAAGCACCUAAACCCUGUGUAUCGUAACAGAGAUGCGACAAGCUCGUUCGUCACGGCGGGAGAUAAGAUGAUAAUUGGCACACACAAUGGAAGACUUCAUGUCUUAGCGCUGCCUUCAUUCCAGUCCCUCCGCGUAAUACCAGCGCAUUCAGCGAGCGUAACGUCUAUCUCCGUGUCGCCAUUGUCUCAUGCUUCAUCUGCAUUCAAGCCAGACUACCUAAAUAGGCAGUCCGAGGAGCAGGGAUCCUUAAGGUCACCCUCUGUUACUUCACUUUCGCUACCGAAAAGUUCCCGACAACCUGCUCUUCCAGCGACACCUUCUAAUUCAAUUUACAUCGCAUCCGCCUCCAUAGAUGGCAAUGUCUGUGUUGCCUCUUUGACUGAUCCUAAAGAUAUCCUUCUCCGGAACUUUGGCAGACCAGUUCAAGCAGUCGCGCUAUCUCCAGAUUACAAACAUGACAAGACUUAUCUCUCCGGAGGGAGGGCAGGCCAAUUAGUUCUCACUGUUGGCGGUCGUGUUGGUGCGCGUGAGAAUUCGACGGCGAUGGGAGGUACUGCCGCGGCAGCUUCUGGUUGGCUUGGGUCUCUGGGCUUAGGGUCGAACACGGGCAAGGAUACGGUUUUGCACAGUGGAGAAGGAGCGAUAAGUAUAAUCAAGUGGUCCACCUCGGGGAAAUAUGUUGCCUGGGUCAAUGAAGAAGGAAUCAAGAUAAUGAGAUCCAAUCUGCAUCUUGAGUCAUCGGAUUCUGAGUUUGCUUGGAAGCGAAUCAGUCAUGUUGAUCGCCCAAAUCUUCCGGGUUGGGAAGAGAUGGCAGAAGUAUGGAAGGCCCGCGCUGAGUGGGUCGAUGAAGGAGCGCUGGAGAGUGACGACGAAUUUAUGCGAUCUGGACGUAAUUCAGGAGAUGUAACCGCUUCUGAACCAUCGGUCGCCGAUAGCAAGAUUGAGAAGCUUGUAGUUGGUUGGGGUGGUACUAUCUGGGUGAUCAACGUCAAUCCAGAUGGCGUGAGCGCCGGCAAGCUGAUAGGCUCUGCAGAAGUUGCUACCAUUCUACGAACCGAUUGCAUUAUAUCCGGAAUCUCGCUCUAUAGCCCUCGAUUACUCCUUGUGUUGGCUUACAUCCAAGCUGAGGACAAUGGCUCGGGCCGUCGCAGGCCUAAGGGAUUAAAGCCCGAGUUGCGGCUUAUCGACAUCGAAAGCAAGGAAGAAAUCAGUGCGGACACUCUUUCGAUUAGCAACUACCAGAAUCUUUCCUCGUCAGACUAUCACAUGAGCGUUCUUUCACCUUCAAGGGUUCCGAUACCUACUAGUCAGAAAGGGGCCUUAGGGGCGUUGGGUAAUGGUCUGUGGGAUGCAACUCUAUAUCCUGCUCGGCUGUUUAGUUCUGGUGCAAGCAUUAGGAGCAGCACUAGCGCUGGCGACAGAGGUUCCAUCAAGGCUCCAAGCUCUUUUGCUUCGAGGAGAAUAGGGGGCGGUGAAAUACAAUCUAAGGAGGUGCAAGCGGUUGCUGCAGCUACUGGCGUGAAGGUUUUCAUCCACAGUCCGUAUGACUGUGUAGCUGCCGUGAAGCGAGGACUCGCUGAUCAUUUGGCGUGGCUUGAAGAACGUUCUCAAUACGAACAAGCCUGGGACUUGAUAGACGAACACCCAGAGGUCGCGAUCUCGACCGGCGACCAUGAAGAUAGCCCCCCCGGCACACCUGCAGGAUCUCAGACAAGUCUCGUGAAGUUUUUUGCUGAUGAAAACGCGUCAGCAACAACUGUUGGUCAGGCAACUUAUUCUGUCGCAGCGAAGGAGAAGCGCAGAAUAGGGGAGCUUUGGGUGGAGCAACGUAUUGCUGCAAAUGACUGGAAGAAGGCCGGUGAAGUGUGUGGGAAAGUCCUCGACACUACCUCGAGGUGGGAAACUUGGAUAUGGACAUUCGCCAAGGAACAGAAAUUUGAUGAGAUUACUCCUCAUAUUCCUGUCAAUAUUCGUCCUCCGCUUCCAUCACUUGUGUAUGAAGUGAUACUUGGGCAUUAUGUGGCACGAGAUCGACAACGAUUCAAGGAGUUGAUAGACCAGUGGCCCACUGAGAUAUUCGACACCAGCAGCGUUGCUGUAGCCAUCGAAGAGCAGUUGAAAUCUGAAGAUGUGACGUCUGACACGGAAGAUUGGCAGAUUCUCAUGGAGUGCCUCGCCAAGAUUUCCCUAGCAGGUGGCCACUACCGCGAGGCCUUGCGUUGUUAUGUCCGUCUGCAAGAUGCAGAUGCCGCGAUGGGGCUAAUAAGGGAUUAUCGUCUAGUUGAUGCUAUUUCGGACGACAUUUCAGGACUCAUUUUAAUCCGCGUUUCAAAGGAGCAGAUGAGAUCCGCUUCAAUAGCGGAGCUCGAGGAAGCAACUUCUGAACCGAUAAAACUCCUCGUGAGCGAGGCUUACACCGGCAUAGUUCCUCCAGAGACUGUCUUCACACAGUUAAAGGCUGCUAGGCAGUAUCUCUAUCUGUACUUUUACCUGCGAGCUCUUUGGAGAGGAGAAUCUCUCCACUCGGAAAACGAAAAGCCCCGACGCGGCCGCCACGCCAGAGAUGCUGCUGACAAGCUCGCCGCUGACGAAGGAAAGGCCCUGAUUGAUCCUUUUGCGGACACCGCUGUGGAGCUGUUUGCAGACUACGACCGGCCUUUGCUCAUGGAAUUUUUGCAAUCUAGCACCGCUUAUUCCUACGACGCGGCUUGUGAAAUAUGCGAGGCCAGAUCUUUCACGCCAGAGCUUAUCUAUCUUCUGUCCAAGAUGGGACAAACAAAGAAGGCAUUAAACCUUAUUCUCUCAGAUCUGAAAGACGUUUCUAAGGCAAUAGCUUUUGCUAAGUCUCAGGAUGAUCCUGACCUGUGGGAAGACCUUCUUAACUACUCGAUGGACAAACCCCGCUUCAUUCAUGGUCUUCUUACAGAAGCGGGAACGUCUAUUGAUCCCAUAAAGUUGGUACGGCGCAUACCCAGCGGCUUAGAGAUCGAGGGUUUGAGGGAAGGUCUUAUCCGGAUGAUCCGCGAGCACGACAUUCAAGCUAGCAUCAGCCAAGGCGCAGCAAAGGUCUUACAGGGCGAGGUAGCCAUAGCAAUGGAUACCUUACGACAAGGACAGAGGCGAGGAAUUAAGUUCGACGUUAUCGAUGAGAAAUCCACCCCGAAUGGAGAGGAAUCGCAAUUCGAAGCAGGUGUCGAUGGGGAGAAGCAGGCGAAGAAGCCCAAGCCGAAGCCAGGAAGAUGCGCCGGCUGUCAUGAAGCCUUCAGUGUGAACGAGAGGGAAAUACUUGUUGGCUUUGCAUGUGGCCAUGUCUUCCAUGUUUCGCAUCUCCACCCGGAGACGCCCACCGGGAACCCAGAAGCUCAAACCCCAGAUGCAACGAGUCGUCCUCUAUCGCCUUCACGGCCCCCAACAGCAGAUGAGCUGUCAUCUUUUACGACGUCUCGCACAGUCGGUCCCAAGGUUAUCACCGCCCGGUUACUCAGAGACAAGGUCAAAGAUGGGUGCCGAAUAUGCGCAUUGGGAAAGCAAGUUGAGAAGGCCGGUGAUGGCCAGAGCGAUACGUCGAGUCAAUGAACAUGGGAUGUUCUCUGCUCGCAUUACCGGACUGUACACCUUCCUGCAGUCCACGAAACUGCGAGUGGACGGCUGGAGCGUGUUGUCUUAGGCUUGUCACCGAGUUUCAAACGGUGCAUUAGCCAGAUGGCAUGACUAUAUAUGAAGAUUACCGCAUGCAUGUGGAACGUUAUAUACCUGGGGAGGAUAUGCGGCGUUGCUUUUGUUUUCUAUCUUCAGUAAGAUCAGCGCAUAAUAUCAGUGAGCAUAUUAUGGGAGUAGCGAUGCGUUAUAGGGGAAUUACAAUUGUGGACUAUGUUUUUAAGCGCGUCCACUGUUUCAACUGCUAAUGUCCUUUUACAUUUACCUCUUGUAAGAUACCCUUGUUAAUAAGUACUACAUAAAAAGGUUAAAAAGAGUAUAUGAGAGAAAGUUAAAAGAUA